AUGAGACGGAGCCUUCAGCGGACCUGCGCGCUGGCCCUGCUGCUGCUGCUGCCCCUGGUGUGGGCGGCGGCGGGCCAGCAGACGGAAGGGGCGGGGCCGGGGGCGGUGGUGGAGGCCGAAGUGGAGGCGGAGGAGCUGCCGGACAGCCAGGUGGAGCUUCUGGACGGCGGAAUCCCGCAUCCGCCCCCGCCUCCACCCCCACCGGCGCCACAGGGCGCGCCGCCUCAGGGACCGCCGCCGCCCACUCCGCCCCCACAAGUUUCGCCCUCGGCCACUGUUACCGAAAACAAGCAGCCGUCGCCCCCAGAGGAGACGCCGGAAGACGUCGAGCUGAUCCGGCCCGUUGCGCCGCUGGCUCCGGCGCCCGGCUCACGCGGGAAGGGCAGGAAAGUGCCGCCGCCCACUGCGUCGGGGAAGUACGCCUACGACACCAACUUCAUGUGCGACAAGAACCGCGUGGCGCCGCCCAACCAGGCGACCACGUCGGGCACCCCGUACCUGCUGACAGAGAACCGGCUGCGCCAGAUUCGCUCGGAGUUCAUGUACUGCUACUUCGACCAGGGCGGCAACUCGGACGACAAGGGCGACUACCAGACGGACCUGCACUCCUCCAUGCCGCAGAUCCACAAGAACCUCAACUUCCAGCUGCCAUUCUAUGGCUUCCGUUACAAUUACACCAGGCUCUCGAUGCACGGCUACCUGGAGUUCAGCGACCCGCCCGAGCACUACACGUACCCGCUGUCGUUCCCCAACAAGGACUGGCCCAAGAAGAACGACCCGGCCUUCAUCGGCAUCUUCUUCAGCAAGAUGCGCAUCGGCAAGAUCCGCCAGGAGGAGGAGGACCAGCGCCAGCCGGGCGUCUACUUCCGGCUGGAGCGCGACCUGCAGGCGCGCACCGACCAGAUCGGCGUCGAGAUGCGCGAGCGCGUCAAGUGGGACGUGCGCGAGGGCGUCGUCGGCGCAGACACCUUCGACCCCAAGCACCUCAUCAUCGUCACCUGGAAGAACAUGUCCUUCGCCGGCGGCAUCGACAACUCGCUCUACAAGACUAACACUUUCCAGAUGGUCCUUGCUACAGAUGAAGUUUUCACAUAUGCAAUAUUCAAUUAUCUGAACAUCCAGUGGACAUCUCAUACAGAAGCAGGAGGUGAUACAACAGGCGGAGAAGGUGGUGUUCCUGCUUAUGUUGGUUUCAAUGCUGGCAAUGGCACACAAAGUUAUGAGUAUCUCCCAUAUUCACAAAUGUCUACAGUUAGAGAUCUUCCAGGAAGAGGCUGGGGAAACGGAUUUCCAGGGAGGCACAUAUUUCGCAUUGAUGAGAAGAUAAUGCCUGGCACCUGCAACAAGGACAUAGCUGGCGCCAAUCUACCAUUGAUCUUUGCUCCUGAGAGUGGUAAUAUGCUGGGUGGCACAAUAGUAAAUAUCACUGGGCCAUGUUUCAAACCAACAGACAAGGUGACCUGCAGGUUUGAUUACAGAGAAGUCAGAGGCACUGUUGUUGACACAAAUAGAGCAGUGUGUGUCCAACCAUUUGUAAUGGGAGAAGGUUAUAUACCUUUUGAAAUAACAGUAAAUGAAGGGAGAUAUGACUGGAAAGGAAAAUUCUUUCUCGAAACUCCUGCAACUGCAGAAGAAAAAAUUACAUUUGACACAAAUGAUGUCCAUCUAAAGAGCCCAGCAGAGAUACUAAUUAAGUGGGACAGUGCAAACUUGACAAGUAAUUCAGCAGCACAACUGACAAUAUCUCUUUGGGGCUACCGAGAGUCCCGUAAGAUGCCUGAGCUAGUGUAUAUUGAUAUACUGGAGACUGGUACACCAAAUUCUGGAUCAUUCACUAUUGCACCAGCAAAUUUUCGCAACAGGAACAAUUACCUGGUGACAGAUGCACAUUUUGGCUUUAUACAGAUCAACCUAACCAAUCCUGAGAUAUAUGCUGGUUCAUCAAUCUCACCUGUCAUAUGGAGUCGUCCUAUUCCUCUUGGGUGGUACUUUGGUCCACAAUGGGAAAGACAGUAUGGUACAGACUGGCCUGCAAAUAUGUGUGAUAAUUGGUUAAUGAAUGAUCGCUACUUGAAGAGCUUUGCAAAUGACAUCCCGCAAUGUCCUUGUGAUCUGGAGCAUGCUCUUGUUGAUAAGGGCCGCUUCAUGCCAGACUACGACUGUGAUAAGGAUGCCAAUCAUAAGUGUUUCUACCAUGAGGGUGCAGUACACUGUCUUCGAUCAGGAAUUCCAAGUAUGGGAGGAUCAGAGCAACAAUGCUGCUAUGAUAAGAAGGGAUAUCUGAUGAUGACGUAUGACCAGCAGUGGGGCAGCCGUCCACGUCGAUCUCAUAACUUCGGGCAGCUCCCAUGGAAUGAACCUAAUAAGGUCCCCACUCUCUCGCAGUGGUUUCAUGACAUGAUUCCAUAUUACUUCUGUUGCCACUGGCAGGAUAUUCAAGCUGUUGGUUGUGAAACAUAUCGAUAUGAAAGACGCCCAACACAGGAUUGUAUAGGCUACCAAGCACCUGCCGUAGGAACAGUUUUUGGCGACCCACAUUUUAUCACAUUUGAUAAUGUUGAGUAUACGUUCAAUGGAAAAGGAGAAUUUGUGCUGGUUCGAGUGGACACAGAAAAGCUGAGGUUAGAUGUCCAAGGCCGGUUUGAACAAAUGCCAAAGAAUGUUUAUGGAGAAGUAAUGGCAACGCAACUGACAGCUAUUGCUGCAAAAGAAAAUUCUUCAGCUACUAUUGAAGUCCGAUUAAGGCCAGAGUAUGCAAGAUGGAGGUACCACCUUGAUGUACUUGCUGAUGGGAAGAAGAUAUAUUUUGACCGGAAUGCUCUAAGGGUUCAGCAUUUUACUGGUGUGACUGUGUACACUCCAACAUAUCUUAUUAACCAGUCAGAAGUUGUCAUUAUGUUCCAGUCAGGAACUGGUGUUGAAGUUGUUGAGAACAAAGGAUACCUAACAGCUAGAGUGUACUUACCCUGGACAUUAAUUAAUCAGACCCGUGGGCUUCUGGGAAAUUGGAGUUUUGAUGUAGAAGAUGAAUUCACAUUGCCUGAUGGCUUGGUUGUAAAUCCAAGUACAAAUAUCAAUAACUUUGAAAGGGUGCACAAGGACUUUGGAAUUAAAUGGAUACUGGGAGAUACUGUGAAAGAGGGAGUAGGAGGGUCCUUAUUUGUGAAUGAGUACUCUCGAAGUUCCAGCUAUUAUGCAAAUGAGUCAUUUGUUCCUGAGUAUCGUACAGAUUUGCUGGAAAUUAUUCCUAGUAACAGGUCAAAAGACAGGACUGAUGCUGAGUUCUACUGCAAAGAUUCAUAUCAGUGCAAGUAUGACUACGCAAUGACUGUCAAUAGGGAUGUUGCUGAAUUCACAAAGAACUAUUAUGCAAGUUACACAGAAAUCAGAGAAAUUACGGAGGCAAAAGUUACUUCAUGUGGUGUGCUGGAAACACCACGAUUUGGUCGAAAGAGCACUUUUGAAUAUGUACCUGGAACAGUGGUAACUUUUGAGUGCAAUCAAGAUUACGUUCUGGUUGGUGAUAUGCGGAGGUCUUGUGGUGCAAAUGGACAGUGGAAUAUACCUGAGUAUGGGUACACUGAAUGCUUACGUCAACAGGAAUAUGCAUCACGGCAGGCAGCUGUGACUUGGGGAAUCAUUCUGGCAGUGGCUGUGCCAAUUGUGCUACUGCUGAUCUAUGCUGGUUACAGAAUUGUAAAACGUAAUGUAGAGCAACAGAAAGCUGAAGAAGAAGAAGCAGAACAGAAGCAGGCUGCAUAUGCAAGAGCCAGGCAGCUGGGCCAUCCUGAGAAUGCAACAGAACUACGUGCACUGAGUAGUAGGGAAUCAGAGAUUGAAUAAACAACUACUUGAUAUCUCCUUCAGUGCAGAAUGCCACAAAAAAAAGAUACUUGGAUUAUCUGCGGGAUAAUAUUCUAGCAGAUGUCCUACCACUAGCACAGUACAGUGUGUACCAUAGUGUAGGUAUGUGCAGGAUGCAAGUGAUAAUAAAGUGAACAGGUUUGAAACAUUUUUAUAAUGUUUCAGAGGAGCAUCACAGCUUAUCUGGACAUGAAAGAACAGAACUCAUUAAAAUGUUUGUAUGUUUUCAUGAUGAUGCAAUCUUUUUUAUAUGUUUGUGAAGUGAGUCAUAGAGAUAAUGUAACUGUCACAGUCAGCUAUAUUUAUUUUUAACUGCUACAAUAUUUUAAAAUAAGUUUAACUUUAUCAUAAUUACGUACAUUUUCAUACUCUUGUGAAAUUUAUUCUAGGGUCUUCAGAAUAUUGUCUGAGCGGUGGAUAAUGUAUCCUAUUUGUAAUACACUGUUAAAGAAACUGAUUGUAGUGUACAAACUAAAGAUCUUUCAUAUUGUUUGCAUAUAAAUAUUUUUAAAUGACCUUAUAAACUUCUUUUAAAUUUU